AUGGAUAUGCUAAUACUAAUAAUCGUAUGCCAGCUUAUGCGUCUGAUUGAAGGAUCAUCAUCAACACUCGAGCAACUGUGCCAAGUAAAGCCACAAUCCGGGUUAUGUCAGUACAAUGAGAAUGAGAAUCAAAACAAAGGCCCAAACAGGACAUGGACAAGACUACGUGAUCUCUCCAAAGAUGAACAGCAAUUCGUGCGCCUUGCUAGGGAAAGUGGCGAUGAUCCCUCAUGCAAAACUUUGAAGACCGAAUAUGAUCAAGUUUGUUUUACGCCUCCGCCGGCCCAAGCUUUUCAGGAAACUAAGGCCUUCUGUGACGCUUUCGUGGAAACAUGUGCGGAAGUAUUGAAAACCAAUCUUUUCACGCAUUUGACGGAAAUUCAAGUUGAUUUUUCUGAGUACUGCAAGCAACAGAAGCAACGCUUCAAAUAUGUCUGCCCAAAGCCAUUGAGAUUUAGGACUUACGCGGAACAGGUGGAGCGUCUUCAUAGGUUUUAUAUUGAUAAGAUCACUUUGUGUUAUUCCAAAUUAUUCUUUGACGGGAAAGAUUCCGACAUGAAUGUUGCAAAUACGAGUAACAAUUUUUUUGUGCAAGAAAGUGCACAGCGAAUAAUGAGAACACGUAAUGUUUUACUUGUGGUUCAGUGCCAGUCGCGGACGGAUACACCGCAUGAUAGAUUGCACAGAAAGCUCAGAGCUGUCGAUUUCUGCCUUCGCUACACAGAACGCUGUCCGAAGGAAAAAAUUCCCGAAGAGCCAGUUCCCUUCGAAACUGAGGACGAAACCCAUAUCUAUAUUCGAGAAAUUGAAUCACGCUGUAGGACAGCCUACCGAGCUGCUCGAACAUUCUGUCUCCAUCCAGAGCUCCUUAAAUACCCUAAAUACGCUAUACCAUGUGCAAUGUACAAAGCUGAUUGUAUUGAUGUCUAUAGAAGGGUUAUUUAUGGGUAA